AUGGCUUCCCGAGGCUUCUCCAAGGCUCUUCGCAGCCCGUUGGCUCGCCAAUUGGCCUCGCCUGGCGUCCAGCGUCGUUCGUUCGUCGCGGCCACCAACCUCGUCCGAGCCACAGCGAAGCAGGCCCGCCCAGCUUUGGCCGGUGCUGCCAGCCAGCAGGUCCGUGGCGUGAAGACCAUUGACUUCGCUGGUGUACCAGAGGACGUUUACGAGCGUGCCGACUGGCCCAAGGAGAAGCUUUUGGAAUACUUCAAGAACGACACCCUCGCCCUCAUCGGCUACGGCUCGCAAGGCCACGGCCAGGGCCUCAACCUCCGCGACAACGGCCUGAACGUCAUCAUCGGUGUCCGGAAGAACGGCCAGUCGUGGAAGGAUGCCCAACAAGAUGGCUGGGUCCCGGGCAAGAACCUGUUCGAGAUGGACGAGGCUAUCAGCAAGGGUACCAUCGUCAUGAACCUCCUCAGCGAUGCUGCCCAGAGCGAGACAUGGCCCGCCAUCAAGCCCCAGCUGACAAAGGGCAAGACCCUGUACUUUUCCCAUGGUUUCUCCCCCGUUUUCAAGAACGUGACCAAGGUCGACGUCCCCAAGGACCUCGAUGUCAUCCUCGUCGCUCCCAAGGGCUCUGGCCGAACCGUCCGUUCCCUCUUCCGUGAGGGCCGUGGUAUCAACUCGUCCUACGCUGUCUACCAGGAUGUUACUGGCAAGGCCGAGGAGAAGGCCCAGGCUCUCGCUGUUGCCGUCGGCAGUGGUUACGUCUACAAGACCACCUUCGAGAAGGAGGUCUACUCUGACCUGUACGGUGAGCGUGGCUGCCUGAUGGGUGGUAUCCACGGCAUGUUCCUCGCUCAGUACGAGGUUCUCCGGGAACGUGGCCACAGCCCCAGCGAGGCUUUCAACGAGACUGUCGAGGAGGCCACCCAGAGCUUGUACCCUCUGAUCGGUGCCAACGGUAUGGACUGGAUGUACGAGGCCUGCUCGACCACCGCCCGACGAGGUGCCAUUGACUGGACCCCCAGGUUCAAGGACGCCCUGAAGCCCGUCUUCAACUCGCUGUACGACUCGGUCCACGACGGCACCGAGACCCAGCGAUCGCUCGACUACAACAGCCAGAAGGACUACCGACAGAAGUUCGAGGCCGAGAUGGAGGAGAUCCGCAACAUGGAGAUCUGGAGAGCAGGAAAGGCUGUCCGAUCCCUCCGACCCGAGAACCAAAAAUAA